AUUGAAGGGACAGAACAAUGUCGAAAGGGUUCUCUGCCUAGAACUAUACUUCUUCUUCCGAUGGAAGAGGAACCUGACAGCUUCUUGAUAGGUGCAAAACGUCUGACGUUCCAUUUGGAUAAGCAAUAUAUCUCGGACCUUCCAAAUUUCUUUGUUGUCACCGAUUCAACAGAAGAUAAUUCUCAAUUUGAGUUGGAUCCACCUCAAGAUGUCUUCGGUAAACUAACCCUGAAUUCACCUAAAACGGCAUCUCUUUUUCUCACCUUUCGACCACCGGCAUCCCAUCCAAGGCUGAUAAAAAAAUUCACUUUCGAAUUCAGUACGAAAGAGACUAUCGUCUUCGAAAUUAGGAGUGAUGAUCCUGAUGUGCCAACUGAUGCAAUCCAUUCCAUAACUAUGAGCCAAUUGAUCCAUGCCCAAGAAGAAGCGAAAUCUGUCCUUGAAGUGCAUCCAAAAGGAAAUUUUACAUAUCCCGGCAACUACAGUGUUACAGUUUUUACCAAUGAUGCCAGUGACAAAAAGCAUAUAAUACCAAUCAUCAUGCCAAAUUUCGAUGUCAUGGCUCCACGUGACAUCAAAUUCAGCAUUUCUGAGUAUACAGCCAAGUUAUCUUGGGCAGAGCCUAAGCCCUUUGGGAAUUCUUGCCGAUACACAGUUUCGGCCAUACCAACAAAAGGCAAAGGCGUUCAACAAUCUAUAUUUGUGGAAGGCAAUAGGUUCGAGGCAGUGAUUAAAGAUCUUUCUCCCGCAGUUGAGUAUGAGUUCAUUCUCUUUACUUCUUGCGGUACUGGUAAAAGCGUACGUACUGUCCUGGCCAAGGGAAUGACCGGACCACGCGUGCCUGGAGAAGUUCGAAAUCUACAAAUUGAGUUAAUAAAAGCCGGAGUUGUCCGCCUGUCUUGGAAUCCUCCGGUAGUUUUGAAAGGUGAUUCACAUACCUAUACCAGUUCUUGUAAGCACUCCAAUGCAGACGAAGCCACUUGGAGAGUAACGAAUGACACAACGGUGACAAUUGAACCUGUGGCUCCUGGACAAUUCUCCUGUUUUGUUUAUGCUACGAGUUCAGUAGGUGGCCAUAGGUCAAAGGAGGGGCCUCCUUGUAAAAGUGUUUCCAUCGAUAUACCAUCUAAUCUGUUUUCCUCAAUCCCAACCGUUAGUAUUAAAAGAAAAAAUGCAUCAACUAUUGAUCUGAGUAUCGGACUUGAAGAGGACAAUGGUAUUAUAGCAAUAAUAGUGACCCUCGAUUCCUACCUAAGCUUUGCUUUCUAUGCAGACAAUAUAUCAGCUCCUGUGAAUAUUAAACAUAUAAAAUUAAGCCAACCGCGUAACAUUAGUGUAAAUAAGGAGGAAAAGUUAGAUUCAGAAAGUGAAAAUCAAAAAUAUAAACUCAAAUUGCUUCUUGUAACCAUUCUUGGUGCAAUUUUAUUGGCGCUUAUUGUGGGUAUCGGCCUCUGGCAAUAUAAAUUAUGGCGAUUAAACAAUGAUCCGCUACUCAGGAACGAUGCCGGCAGUCAUUAA